AUGAUGAGCAAGCGCUCAUUCGAGUCCAGGGAAAGCCAGGCGCCCGACAGUGAUAGCAAUGGCCUGCUACCCAUUCACGAUCUCCUUUCCCCGGAUGAGCAGGAGCCCAGCGCUGGUUCAUCAAAGAAGCCCCGGAACUUCAUCGCCACGGUGGCCUGUGAGACUUGUCGGUUGAAGAAGACAAGAUGCGACGAGUCGCGCCCCAAAUGUGGACUUUGCAAGUCCCUUGGUCUCGACUGUGUUUACAAUGAGCGGAAAUCAUCCAAACGGGAUCAGUCGCUUACUAUGAUUAUGAGCACUCUGCAUCGCCUGGAGACAAAGCUGGAGAAUAUCCCAACUUCCAUUUUAAGUGAUCUCCACACUCUCCGUGGUCAAAUGCGUCAGGUCUCCAUUGGUGCACAAGAGACACACGCAUCACCGGCUGUGGUUCGCGAAAAUCGCCGAAAUGCAGCCAUGUCAACUACCUUCACGCCUGCGCGGGAGGAAGAUGAUUUUGAUUGGGAAGAUAAUCAAUCCGCCCCGGACCCAACAGGUCGAGUCUCAAUUUCAUUUAGUCAACACGGUGUCAUAUUAUGGCCCGGUGCGCGAAGUAUUCUCCCCAAGCCACUACUUGCGGCCUACGAAACAUUAGGCAAGAAUUAUGUGGUUGAAUUGGAAUCAACACGGCGACCGUUGCCUAUGUUCACAACCCCUUAUCCUCUGCAUGCGGGGGAGCAAUGGCUGGAAUUAGUGCCCUUGUCUAUGAUCAAAGGUCUCUCAGAUGCCUUCUUCAGCGUGUUCAAUCCAUUCACGCCUAUCAUGGAUAAGAGUUUCUUUUUUUCCUUCACCGUUGGCUCGGCACUUGAAAGUGGGUUUGGGUAUUCAAUGGAGAGUUGCAUUGUUCUUACAGUGAUGGCGCUGGGUUGUCAGGCAGUGCUUGCCCACCAAGAAGGAAACUAUCCUCUUCCUGGAGCUGCAAGCCAUCGCUUUGAACCUCCGGAAUGGAUGAAUGUUGUCUUCGAAGAACAGCCUGGCCUCCGCUUCUUUAACGAAGCGCGUCGACGUAUCGGAUUCUUGAUGUGCGACAAUGACAUUCAGAGCUGUCAAUUCUACCUUCUUUCUUCUCUAUAUUAUAGCCAAAUUCUUCGUCCAAUGGACGCCUGGGCAAUGAUUCACCGUGCCGCGACAUGUUGCUUGUCAAUGUUGACCAACCACGAUGUAAACUAUGACCAGUGGGAAGGCGAUAUGAAAUCCCGCGUCUACUGGAACUGCCUAAUGAACGAAACGAUCCUCGUACAAGAGCUCCAUCUUCCACCAAGCGGUCUCUCCAGACUAGAAGAUUCAGUGCCGUUACCAAAAUUCAUCGGCUUCGACGCAACAGGCUAUGCAUCGAAUCGCUUCCCCUUAUCCAACGUGGUCGAUGACUCCUACUUCCAAUACCACUUCCUCGCCCAAGUCGCCCACCGAAUCAUCCUCACCCGCAUCCGACAUUCCCUCUACUUCUACUCCGACUCCGGAGCCAUCCCCUUACCCGCCGUCAACGCCGAACUCCGCCACCAACUCGAACAAUGGCGCAACAACCUCCCACCCGCCAUCCAAUUCCCUGAUACCGGUCUCCCACCCUCCCACUCAACACCAGGAGACCACACAAUGCACCACCCAUCCCCCUCCACCCCAGCCUCUCCACACCCAAUAUCCUCUCCCAGACCCGUUGAUCCGAACCGCCCCCUCUCCCCAGCAAUAGCGGUAACAGAUGCCAUGCUCCGUGGCAGAUACUUGAUCGCCCAAUUCCACAUCGGCCGACCAUACCUCUACAAAGCCCUUCGUAUCCCGAACAAACUAACAGAAGACGACAUCGAACAAAUCAAAAGCGGUCUCCGACACGCAAUGGACUGGCCUAUCACCCAGGGUAUCUUCCGGAAGAUGAAAACUUGUAUACCGAUUAAAUUUGCUUUCUGUUCGCAAUUCUUCGGCCAAAUCCUUCUAUUCUACUGCAUUGCGCACUCGCCCAGUACCCGUGUGCGCGAAACGUUGCCAUCGGGCUGGGAACGGUGGAAUGACGAGAUGAUGCGGUUUUUGGAGGACUGGGCGAGACAUAGUCCGGCUGUUGCGCAAGAUUUGGAGCUUUUGCAGUCUCUGUGGCCGGUUCAUGAAUGA